GACCAGGCGGCGUCGUGCGCAUGCGCCGGCAGUGGACAGCGCUCCGUUGCCGGAGUAACCGGAUGUUGGUGUUGGCGGUGUGGUCUUUCUGUCUGGAGAGACCGAUUUCCUGUGCUGAGAUCCAGAAACCAUGAACCAGAGUGAGAGAUUUGUUUUCAUUGCAGAGUGGUAUGAUCCAAAUGCUUCACUUCUUCGACGCUAUGAGCUUCUGUUUUACCCAGGAGAUGGAUCUGUUGAAAUGCAUGAUAUAAAGAAUCGUCGUACCUUCUUAAAACGGACCAAAUAUGAAGAACUGCGCUUGGAAGAUUUGUUUAUAGGGAACAAAGUAAAUGUCUUCUCUCGACAGCUGGUGUUGAUUGACUAUGGAGACCAGUACACAGCUCGCCAACUGGGCAGCAGGAAAGAGAAAACGUUAGCCCUGAUCAAACCAGAUGCAGUGUCAAAGGCUGGAGAAAUUAUUGAAAUAAUAAACAAAAGUGGAUUUACUAUAACCAAACUCAGAAUGAUGAUGCUUUCAAGAAAAGAAGCAACAGAUUUUCUUGUAGACCACCACUCAAGACCGUUUUAUAAUGAACUGAUCCAGUUUAUUGCAAGUGGGCCUGUUAUUGCCAUGGAGAUUUUAAGAGAUGACGCUAUAUGUGAAUGGAAAAGACUGCUCGGCCCUGCGAACUCUGGGGUGGCACGCACUGAUGCACCUGGAAGCAUCAGAGCCCUCUUUGGAACAGACGGCAUAAGAAAUGCAGCUCAUGGCCCUGACUCUUUUGCAUCUGCGGCCAGGGAAAUGGAGUUAUUUUUCCCUUCAAGUGGAGGCUGUGGACCAGCAAACACAGCUAAAUUUACCAAUUGUACCUGCUGUAUUAUUAAGCCCCAUGCUAUCAGUGAAGGACUGUUGGGAAAGAUCCUGAUAGCUAUUAGAGAUGCGUGUUUUGAAGUCUCAGCUAUGCAAAUGUUCAAUAUGGAUCGAGUUAAUGUUGAAGAAUUCUAUGAAGUUUAUAAAGGAGUAGUAUCUGAAUAUAGCGAGAUGGUGACAGAAAUGUACUCUGGCCCUUGUGUAGCUAUAGAGAUUCAACAAAAUAAUCCUACAAAGACAUUUCGAGAAUUCUGUGGACCUGCUGAUCCUGAGAUUGCCCGGCAUUUACGUCCUGAGACCCUCAGAGCAGUCUUUGGUAAAACAAAGAUCCAAAACGCUGUUCAUUGUACAGAUCUGCCAGAGGAUGGGCUCCUGGAGGUUCAGUAUUUCUUCAAGAUCUUGGAUAACUAGCUAUCUAGGAUGUCAAGAAGACACGGACUAAGACGUUAAGACAAGAGUGACUCACACACGUGAGGAAUGUGUUCAUUCUUUUAUUGUCCAUUGUUUUAACCUGACUGAUACAAGAUCAACAAGAGCACUGUACUCCUGGCAAUUGUUACAUAUGUUAGAACAUGGAUUUGCACUGUAGACAACAUUUAACACCAGUCCAUGGGGUACUGCAUUGCUUUUUAUAAAGUUCAAAAUAAAGAUUUAUUUUCAAACAAGUGACUUUGGUUUAUUUCAUACAUUACACUUUUUCUUGCAGAAAAAAAUAAAAUUGUACAACUGCAUAAAUAUAAAAUUCUUCCACCAUGAAAAUGGUUAAAACAUUCAUAAAGACACAGCACCAGCGUGUGAUGCCUCCAGAGAAAGGAAAAAAGGAAAAGAAAAUGUACAAAGCAAAUUAAUUAGCCCCAUCACUAGUCAAAGUGACAGGCAGAUCCAGAUCUCAGACACAGCUUCAGAACACACCG